AUGGCCGGUGAACCCAAGACGACCUUCAUCGGCUCCACCUACGCCUUUGAGCCGUCUGGAGUCGAGCAAUUCAUCAACCGUUUUCGUUGCGACUAUGCCAAGGUCAAGGGUGUUGACGAGAACGAGGCUCCGUCAAUCGAAUACAACGAGGAGAGCUAUUUGUUCCGGAUCGAGGAUCUGGACUUGCCCGAGGAGUAUGCAAUUUCUCUGUUGAAAGACUACAUCCGGAAGAUUCUCGAUACCUUCGAUUACCUCGACCCCAAGAUCCGAUCACCAGAUGCUGCUCUGGCUCGUCUGGCACCGGAACAAGUUGACUUUCAGAGUGCCGAACUCCUCGAUGUUGAUGUUGAUGGCAUCGAUGAUCCGGACUACAACGACGUUUUCGUUGCCUGGUCACCGUCAACCGGCUCGAUCAAGAUGCUCACCCGCGAGGUGGCCGAAGCUAUCACAGCUACCACGCAGACCCAAUUGUUUACCGAUUCUGAUCAGAAUCGUGUACUUCUUGCCCACGGAGAUGCCAAAGCUGCCCUUCAGAAGUUGUCGAGCCUCGAGCAACUAAUGCUACUGCAGAUGCAGCAGCGGGAGUACGGGUUCUGGGGCAAGAGCACAUCAAGCGUUCUUCUCAACGUGGACAGCGCGAUAACUCCUCUGCUCGGCUUUGAGAGAGUCGGAGACUUCAUCUGGCCUGGUUUCAAGAGAAUUAUUGCACCUAAGUACCAGCAGGAGACCCUCAAAGACAAGUACGUUUGCGAAGCCCGCAUCUCAAGAGACGGCGAGAUCUUGCCUCAUCCGAAUGUUGUGAUCGAUGACGAGAUUGCCACAAUAGGGAUCGGUCCAUUUUCUUUGUGGGCGACAAGAAGCGUUCGAGAAACCGGCGAGCGGUCCAGAAAGGUUCCACACUCAACCUCCAACUCGAAGUCGGAGAGUGUGGUGAGCCCGCGCAAAAUGCCUAACAAGCAGUACAUGGGUCAGACCAAAGCUGCAGAAGUUACUGAUUGGGCUUACAACGUCGAGAAGGACGUUGAUCCAAAUACGGUUGCUCCAGCUGCGCCUGAGGAGGAGGAGGAAACCCUACGACCACGACGUGUAAUUGCCGUGGACUCAGAUGAUGACUCUGAUGGAGAAGAGGUUCCGAUCAAGCGACUUCCUGCCACAACAAAAACCUUGGAACCAGAUCUCGGCCACGAUGAUCUGCAGCAUGAGCUCCAGGGACAUGCUUCUCCGUCGACCACAGUACUGGACUUGCGUGUUGAUGAUCUUGAGCGAUGGAUGGAAUCGAGAGCUGCUGCUGCACAAGACAGACACUCCCACAUUGGCAGCCAGCUCGUCCCCGAUCUCACCGCUGCUCCGGAAGCACUACUCCCAAUUCCCGGCAUCGCUCCUUCGGAUCUGCUGAAAGGUGAUCCAAGCGAGUUGGGACUGAUGCAAUCAGGAGUGCUCGCGAGUCCGCAUAGCUUCGACAAGCAUCCAACAAGAAGCCAAAUUGGUCAGCACCAAGCAAGCUCUUCGGUGAUGCCUGAGCCACGUCAUGAGAAUCCUUUGGUUGCUCUGCCGCUAAAUGAACGACAGGCGUCUGCCGCUCCGAAUCUCAUGGAUGACAAUGCUUCUGCUCAAGUCACUAACUCUGUGAUGUCACCCUCGAAAGUCCCCUCUCAGCUCGAUGCGUCGGACGUUCCAGACUAUCUACAGCCACCUGACGCGACGAGCAAGGAGUGGGUAAACCAUGCUACUCACAAGCCUCGCAAGCAGAGCGUCCUCCGCGAACAUGUUCUUGCUCAGCUGCAAUCCGACCCGUUGGGUAGACAUACUACCACCAGAGCAGCACACAAUGGAGACUGGUCUACCGUAUCGCGUUCGAGGCCAAAGAAGAGUGAUGGUUCAACUCGGUCCAGAGGUCGAGGUCGGGGUGGUUCACAACGCAAGUCCGAUCGCAGUGAUCUCAUUUCUUAUCACUCUACCAUGUCGCAACGUGCGGGCAACCCUGGUAAAAAGAAGAACAAAACAGAGAGCAAGAAUAAGCAGAAAAUUCUCGACGAGGCGUACGGAAGAGCUCCCACGCCUCGCGCUCAACCUAAGAUACCCAACCGGGCAGAUCGAAAACUUCAGGAGGCCGCCAAUCGGGAAGCGACAUGGCGAAGCAAAGAAGUUGAGCAGCUCAAAGCACGCCUGACGCCGAUUUUUGAGGCAAGCCGCGCAUUCUGUGGGAACGUAGAAUUUGGUCUGCAUUUGGGACAGGUCCUUCUGUCCAGCGAGCCCGAAGUGCCCAAGGGCAAGAACUUUGAUGUCAAAGUAUGGGAGAGUUUCUUUGGUCUGGACGCUAAAAAUACCACUCCCUCCACAUCCUUUACCAACAUCAUCACUACCAACGGUGCAGACAUUGACCGUUUCCUGGAGAUGAAAUCGUCAGAGUCAAUGUCUGGCAAGAUGUUCGACAGAGACCACCCGGGUCCUGUAUCUGUGACAUAUGAAUUUCACUGCCGGAGCAAGACCGGCAGCUAUUUCAUCCUCAUCGUCAAGGAGGACAAGAGCUACGAGAUGCAUAAUGCUGUGGAGAUGAUUGGUUCCGUCUGUGUGCAGUGUCCUGCACGCGUCUGGGAUGCUUGUGCAGCUGUGUCCGGUACAAAGGUCUGGAAAGACCCCUCGCCCGAGAUCCUUUCGACAGUCCAAGAAUUCGUUGACAGCAUCUAUAUUGGGCCUGACAAAGAAGGUCGAUUGGAAAUGUUUUUCCGCCAACCAAAUGGGAACAUCCUAUCGGUCAACAGUCCACAAGUGCGACGAGUCAGCCAGCACAAGUGCUUGGCCGACUCAGAAAUCGAAUUACGAAUAACGGAAGUCAAGACACUGCGCACGUGUCCGCAUGAGCACGACAAGAAGCUCUUCAAGGCCCAGGAGACCACUUUCAACGAUAUGGUCAAUGCAGGUGCACUGCACUACGAGGCUUGUCUGCUUGACACUUCGAUCAACAAAGCGUUUGAGGCCAAUCGACAGCUCGAGAUCGGUGAGUUGACCGACGAGACCACUACCGGGAGGACUUUGCUGAAGACUCGCACACACUAUCUCAUUGACCUGGUCGUCAAAGUUCUCAACAAGAUUGACUACAUGGGCUUCCACAAUCGUGGGACAGUGUGCCGUCAGGCUGAAGAGCAAGCUCGGCGCGAGCAAUCAUACGCUCCAACGCUGCAGAGUGCGUAUAGACCUAUUGCACCGGCCAGUCAUUAUGUGCCUUCCUCUAGUCGUCAGUUCGGCCCGGCAGGCACGCGCAUGCUCCCACCAGGGCUCAUGGGCAGCGGCAUACGGUCGGAGCUCCCGUCAGAGGGCAUCAAACCGGUCCCUGGCACGAGAAUGAACAGCAGAGCUGAGAUAGUCCAGGACGAGAACGGCAAUGUCUACCAAAUAGGCCUUGGCGGAGCGAAAGUACCAGUCGUCGGUGCCGCCGCGUGGAAUUUGCAGAACAUCUCGGAAGAGGCGAUUGGGCCGGAUGACAGUGCGAGUCAAGCUGGCGGUCCGAGACGAUUCCAGAAUGCGGGAAAAGGGCCAUGGAAUGUACCUAACACGCGAGGUGCUGGGUUCUGGUGA